UCCGAACGUUCACUUCCGUAAACACUCGACUGUCUUCCUCGUGAGCACACCGCGCAGCACGCGCUCCAGUUAAAAGUGAAAAACCCGUUUUGAUUGAGCAUGUCGCAGUUUCACCGCUUCAGGACCUUCUAGACUCCGCGGCCCGGGGCAGGAUGGAGGCGCGCGGCCGGGACUUCCUCAACACCCCCCCGGUGAAGACGGUCCGGUUCGGCGGCAGUGUGGCGGAGAUGCUGGAGAAACACCGGCGGGGAGACUCCAGUGAUUACGAGCUGCUGAAGCACCAGCUGGCCGACCCGGACAUCAAGGACGCGCAGAUCGUCAGCUGGCUGCAGGAGUUUCGCGGCUGCAUGACGCAGUUCACCAAGGACCACGAGCAGCUCAUCUACACCGUCCUGCGGCUGCCCUGGGUGGGCCGCAGCCCCCCGGUGGUGGAGGAGUACCUGGCCUUCCUGGGGAACCUGGUGUCGGCUCAGACGGUCUACCUGUGCUCCUGCCUGAAGAUGGUGGUGUCGCACUUCACCCCCAAGAGAGUGACCAUCUGCGAAGGAGGGGUGGACAUCUCCGACUCCGACGAUGAAGAUGAGAAUCUUCCCCGGAGCUUUGACCAGUGCCACCAGGCGCUGCAGCUCAUCCUCAGAUACGUCCCGUCCACCAGUCGCUUCCUGACGCCCAUCCUGCAGGAGAGCUUCCCCUUCAUCCAGAAAUCCUCCAGGAACCUGGAGUGUUACGUCCACAACCUGCUGAGAGUGACGGUCUACAUCCCGGCCAUUCGGCGGGACGUCCUGGAGCUCAUCGUGGGAAAGAUGCUCAAACUGGACGUGAGUGCCUCCCGUGCCGACAUCGAGGAGGCGGAGGAGAAGGCGGAGCAGAGCCAGAGAACGGAGGAGCAGACGGAGGAGGGACUCUUCCACAUGGACGAGGACGUGUCUGCAGACCAGCCGGCCGUCCCCCUGAUGAUGUCCCACCCCAUGGCUGAGAAGCUGGACGCCCUCAUGGUCGUCUUCAUGUCCUACAUCAAGGACGUCUGCCACAUGGACGGCUCGCUCCACGUGGAGCAGACCAAGGCCCUGUUCAGGGACAUGCUGGGUGUGUUCGAUAAGCUCAUCCUGCCCACACACGCUUCCUGCCACGUGCAGUACACACUCUUUUACCUGUGCAGCUUCAGAGUGGCUCUGGCCGAGGCCUUCCUGGACCACCUGUGGAGGAUCCUGCAGGACCCGUCCCGGCCGGCGGUGCUCCGGCAGUCUGCCGCUGGAUACAUGGGCAGCUUCCUGGCUCGAGCCCGAUUCGUGCCCGUGCUGACGGUGCGGGCCUGCCUGGACCUGCUGCUGUCCUGGAUCCACCGCUACCUGGACGGGCAGGACGCCGGCGGCCGGCAGCCGUGCUGCGACAUCAGCCUGCACGGGCCGUUCUACGCCGCCUGCCAGGCCGCCUUCUACACCCUGGUGUUCAGACACGCCGCCCUGCUGGAGAACAACAUGAAGAAAGGUCUGGAGUACCUGCAGAGCCUGAACCUGGAGCGCGUCGUCAUGAGUCAGCUCAACCCGCUCAAAGUCUGCCUGCCGGCCGUCAGCAGCAUGUUCGCAGCCGUCACCAGGAAGUACCAGGUGGCGUUCUGUUACACCAUCCUGGAGAGGAACAGCCGCCUGGUGCUGCCGGUGGUGCGCAGCUCAGCGGGGGGAGACUCCGUGGCCACCGUCACCAACCCGCUGGACAGCUUCUUCCCCUUCGACCCCUACCUGCUGCGGAGGUCCGGCCAGGUGAUCCAGCCUCUCUACCAGACCUGGGACGAGCUGGCCGACGCCGAGCUGACGUCUCCCUCCAGAGAGCCUCAGACCUCGAAGGAGGAGGAGGAUGACUUCCUGGUGGGAAUGACCCCGAGCUCGUUGGACUCUGACCUCCGUAGUCCUGGUCUGGGUUCUCCCCCCAUCGGACUCCCCAGGCCCUUCUAGCCCCCCCCCCCUCCCCCCCCCCAGAGAAGGACUGUAACUCUGAGACACCUCCCUUGGGAUUAGAGGUAGAAUCUCUCAGGUUUGACUCUGGAAGGUUCAUUAUAACUUAUUUUACAGAAAACAGAAUUUCUCACCGUAGAAAAAGUCUAAAUGUUUCAUGUUUCUCUUUAAAUCCACCAAACUUUCCAAAGUGUGGAUAAAUUACUGUUUUUACACAUUUAAUGUGUUUUUUUUUUCAAAUCAAUGAAUGAACAGAAAAGAAAAUUUGUUUUUUUUUAUGAGCGAUACUGAAGUUUGCCACCAGGAGGCGACGUUUCCGGUUCAGAGUCCUGAUAGAGAAACAAUAAAUGAAACUCAGCAGCU